UGCAGGCGGGUCCGGAGAUCGCCGUAGUCUAUGGUCAUCAAAGACGGAGCCCUGCAUACCUCCCUCUGUCUGGAGAGGUGCCAUUAUCACAUUGAGAGAUAGUAUAUCUUUCCUGUUCCUUGAGUCACGGCUGCCUUUGUGACUUGUUUUGAACAAUAAGAAUCGAUGGAAGUGAAUUCUGGAGCUUGAGAGGCCAGGCCAUAAGAGAACUGGUAGCUUUUGUUUCUUCUUGGAAGCCAGCCUGCCUGUGAGAGAUCAGACUGCCCUGAGCACACACUGCUGUGAGGAGGCCGCAGCUCACCUGGGGGAGGUGAGCCACCUUGCAAAGGCGCGGGGAGGCCCAGAGAGAUUCUUGCUGAGAGAAUUACAAAAGCAUGGACUCCAGCAAGAGGAAAAGUGAAUCCAAGGAAUGGAGUGGGAUAUAAGCAAUAGCGGUGGGGAGGAGGAAGAGGAACAGAAGAGGCGCUGGCGGCCGGCGGCCGCUGAGCAGCCCCCGUACCCUCGAGCAAGCCGCCUCUCCACCGCCGCAGAAGCCAACGGACCUACCCAUUGGGGAAGCCAGAGGGCCAGAGCGCCAGAGCCCGGGGACCCGGCGGCCGGGGGCGCCAGCCCCUCAUGUUCCGCGGAAGGCGCAAAUGUGAUGUCAUGCCCAUUGUUUUGGUGCGCCCGACCAAUCGGACUCUCCGCCUGGAUUCUACCGGAGCCGGCAUGGGCCCUUCCUCGCACCAGCAGCAGGAGUCCCCGCUCCCGACCAUAACGCAUUGCGCAGGGUGCACCACCGCCUGGUCUCCCUGCAGCUUUAACAGCCCUGACAUGGAAACCCCAUUGCAGUUCCAGCGCGGCUUCUUCUCAGAGCAGCCGCCGCCGCCGCGCUCCUCACACCUGCAUUGCCAGCAGCAGCAACAGAGCCAGGACAAGCCGUGCCCGCCCUUCGCGUCCCUCCCGCACCCUCAGCACCACCCGCACCUCGCGCACCAGCAGCCGGGCAGCGGCGGCAGCAGCCCAUGCCUCCGGUGCAACAGCUGCGCCUCCUCCGGUGCCCCGGCGGCGGGGGCGGGGGCGGGGGAUAACCUGUCCCUGCUGCUCCGCACCUCCUCGCCCGGCGGCGCCUUCCGGACCCGCACCUCCUCGCCGCUGUCGGGCUCGUCGUGCUGCUGCUGCUGCUCGUCGCGCCGGGGCAGCCAGCUCAAUGUGAGCGAGCUGACGCCGUCCAGCCAUGCCAGUGCGCUCCGGCAGCAGUACACGCAGCAGCCGGCGUCCGCCUCCCAGUACCACCAGUGCCACAGCCUGCAGCCCGCCGCCAGCCCCACGGGCAGCCUCGGCAGCCUGGGCUCCGGGCCCCCGCUCUCGCACCACCACCACCACCCGCACCCGGCGCACCACCAGCACCACCAGCCCCAGGCGCGCCGCGAGAGCAACCCCUUCACCGAAAUAGCCAUGAGCAGCUGCAGGUACAACGGGGGCGUCAUGCGGCCGCUCAGCAACUUGAGCGCGUCCCGCCGGAACCUGCACGAAAUGGACUCGGAGGCGCAGCCCUUACAGCCCCCCGCGCCCGUCGGAGGAGGUGGCUGCGCGUCCUCCCCGUCUGCAGCCGCCGCCGCCGCCGCUUCGUCCUCAGCCCCGGAGAUCGUGGUGUCUAAGCCGGAGCACAACAACUCCAAUAACCUGGCGCUCUACGGAGCCGGUGGCAGCGGCAGCGCUGGAGGCGGCGGUGGCGGUGGCGGCGGCGGCAGCGGGCAUGGCAGCAGCAGUGGCACCAAAUCCAGCAAAAAGAAGAACCAGAAUAUCGGCUACAAGCUGGGCCACCGGCGCGCCCUGUUCGAGAAGCGCAAGCGGCUCAGCGACUACGCGCUCAUCUUCGGCAUGUUCGGCAUCGUGGUCAUGGUCAUCGAGACCGAGCUGUCGUGGGGCGCCUACGACAAGGCGUCACUGUAUUCCUUAGCUCUGAAAUGCCUUAUCAGUCUCUCCACAAUCAUCCUGCUCGGGCUGAUCAUCGUGUACCACGCCAGGGAAAUACAGUUGUUCAUGGUGGACAAUGGAGCAGAUGACUGGAGAAUAGCCAUGACUUAUGAGCGUAUUUUCUUCAUCUGCUUGGAAAUACUGGUGUGUGCUAUUCAUCCCAUACCUGGGAAUUAUACGUUCACAUGGACGGCCCGGCUUGCCUUCUCCUAUGCCCCAUCCACAACCACCGCUGAUGUGGACAUUAUUUUAUCUAUACCAAUGUUCUUAAGACUCUAUCUGAUUGCCAGAGUCAUGCUUUUACAUAGCAAACUUUUCACUGAUGCCUCCUCUAGAAGCAUUGGAGCACUUAAUAAGAUAAACUUCAAUACACGUUUUGUUAUGAAGACUUUAAUGACUAUAUGUCCAGGAACUGUACUCUUGGUUUUUAGUAUCUCCUUAUGGAUAAUUGCCGCAUGGACUGUCCGAGCUUGUGAAAGGUACCAUGAUCAACAGGAUGUUACUAGCAACUUCCUCGGAGCGAUGUGGUUGAUAUCAAUAACUUUUCUCUCCAUUGGUUAUGGUGACAUGGUACCUAACACAUACUGUGGGAAAGGAGUCUGUUUGCUUACUGGAAUUAUGGGUGCUGGUUGCACAGCCCUGGUGGUAGCUGUCGUGGCAAGGAAGCUAGAACUUACCAAAGCAGAAAAACACGUGCACAAUUUCAUGAUGGAUACUCAGCUGACUAAAAGGGUGAAAAACGCAGCUGCCAAUGUACUCAGGGAAACAUGGCUAAUUUACAAAAAUACAAAGCUAGUAAAAAAGAUAGAUCAUGCAAAAGUAAGAAAACAUCAACGAAAAUUCUUGCAAGCUAUUCAUCAAGCUCGGAAAUUAAGAAGUGUAAAAAUGGAGCAGAGGAAACUGAAUGACCAAGCCAACACCUUGGUGGACCUAGCAAAGACCCAGAACAUCAUGUAUGACAUGAUUUCCGACCUAAAUGAGCGGAGCGAAGACUUUGAGAAGAGGAUUGUUACCGUGGAAACGAAACUGGAGACUUUGAUUGGCAGCAUCCACGCCCUCCCUGGGCUCAUCAGCCAGACCAUCAGGCAGCAGCAGAGAGAUGUCCUGGAGGCUCAGAUGGAGAACUACGACAAGCAUGUCACCUACAACGCCGAGCGGUCCCGAUCCUCGUCCAGGAGACGGCGGUCCUCCUCCACAGCGCCACCAACUUCAUCAGAGAGUAGCUAGAAGAGAAUCAGUUAACCACAAACUAAGACUUUUUGCCAUCAUAUGGUCAAUAUUUUAGCUUUUAUUGUAAAGCCCCUAUGGUUCUAAUCAGCGUUAUCCGGGUUCUGAUGUCAGAAUCCUGGGAACCUGACACUAAGUUUUAGGCCAAAAUGAGUGAAAACUCUUUUUUCUUUUCCUUUCAGAUGCACAAGGAAUGCACCUAUUAUCGCUCUAUAGAUUGUUCCUCCUGUAAUUUCACUAACUUUUUAUUCAUGCACUUCAAACUUUACUACUACAUUAUAUGAUAUAUAAUAAAAAAAAAAGUUAAUUUCUGCA